UAUUCAGAAAAAUGCACCCUAGGCAUAAGGUGGCAAUGGAUGUAUCCCAACGAGGAAGUAAAUCCUUGAGUCUUGAUUGCAGCAGCCAUAGCUAGGUUUGUGCCUUUCGGUAUCUGGAAAGGAGAUACCAGUCGACCGGGACUUGGUUUCUAAAGCUAAGCAAUUGGUAUCUAGCCUGCUUGUGAAGACACUCAUAUUGUGAUGAAAGUACUGUUUCAAGAUUCUGAUUGCUUUUUUGGGUCUGUUGUGAAUGACAGCCUUUCGGGCUGCGAGAGGCGGGAUACAAGAGUUGAAGAACGGCGGUUUCAAUAUACGUAGUCAGGUGUCAAAUCAAAUCCGCAAGGAAAGACUUCCAUCUGUAGAGUUGAUACGAGCGUUACGUGAUACGGCUUUUCAAAACUGAAGUGAUUCCAACAUUUUGGUCCGUUGGCGACCUUACACUGUUUGCUCCAAGACCAACUGUUCAGAGGUAUACCAGACAGUGAAAGACUGAUCUCAGACUUGAGGUCUAGAUUCUUAUGUCUCCUUUCACCCAAGUCAUGGGAGUUGGGACUUUGAGUGUGAUGUUCCUCUUUUAUGUCAGCCUGUGUGCUGCCGAGGAUGCCGCCGCAGCUUUCCCACCAACCCAGACAACCCCACCGACCCCGGCACCAGGGCCAACACGACUGAUGCGUUUAUUCGAAGAGGGUGGGAACCGUACCUUGUGUCAUGCUGUAUUGGAGUUGAGAUGUCCUGAAGGUGAUGAGUGCCCACUUACAAAUGCAGUUUGUGAAUGCCCCAAUUUUAUGUACAAAGAUGGGACUGGCUGUUUUCCAAAAAGCAGCUACGACGGAGUGUGUCGAUCAGGGUCUGAGAACCAAUGUGCUGGACAGCUUACUUGUCGCUACUCCAGGUGCCAGUGUUCUAGAGGGCAGGUCCACUCUGGCAACGACCAGUGUACCACAAAAAUCAGCUAUAAUGGACAGUGUCCGCCGGGGUCUCCAGGGUCUGAGGACCCAUGUGCUGGACAACUUUCUUGUGAUGCCAACUCCAGAUGCAAGUGUUCUAGUGGGUACUACCAUUCUGGCAACGACCAGUGUGCCAGAAGACUGGCUCAUGGAGUAGACUGCGCUGACCUCACAGAUCCAUGUCAAUCUGGACAAUCGUGUGUCCCAGACAAAAACUUUGCACCAAAAUGUCUGUGUGAUCCUAUAAGUAGUUCGUACUGGGACGGAAAUUUCUGCAGAAGUGUUGACAACAAUAUUACCGCGUCUGCAAGCAAAGCAACACGGGGCACUUCCCACUUAGACUUCAUCUGGAUUGUUAUCCCCCAAAGAUUUGUAGAUAACUACCAGGUCGCCACUCGGUCCGAUCCACAGUCUUGCUUACAAGCACAGGACAGCAUAAAUGUGUCCGGGUCCUCCACUGGUGUUGCAGUUACAGGACUCAGACCUGGGGUGAAAUAUUUGUCCACUCUGACGCUGGUGCUGACCGCGACAACUGACUACCCGGAGAGAUCGAAAGUUGUCAAUUUACCUGAAGCCUGGACAAAGCCUGCCCAGCCUGGAGCAGUGAUACCUGGAAGUAGUACCCUCUCAGUGCCGCGUACUGUCCUCAAGUUUGGACCUUCGGAUGGCUGUGUCGCUGGUUAUUCGGUGGCAGUGACACGGCAAGGGUUUGCACCUCGAAGCAAAAGUGUGACUAACGACACAGCGGUCUUUGAGAACCUGGUCGCAGAUACUUUCUAUACCUAUUUCAUUACAGCCUACAAUGGUGACAAUGAACCUGGUGGCCCAAGGAUAGGAUCUUUUACAACAGAAGCUGCAGGACCAGGUCACGUGUCUGUGUUAAGUCAUCUCUCAGUUAUUGCUACUGGCGUUGUGGUGAGCUGGCGAAGACCGUCACAACCUAACGGCAAUCUAAAAGGAUACAAAGUUUGGGUGACAGCAGGCGGGCAGUGCGUUAAACAAUUCCAUGUACAAUGUCUGGGCUGUGAUGUUUCUGAGUGUCAGCCCCCAGUGCCUUCAUCUCCUGUGAGUCAAUAUGACAGUACAGAUCUCAGUGAUUUCCAAGGGUCCUUUGAGGUGACAGUGACAGACUUGCUCCCGUACACAGACUACAUUGUUCAUAUCCGCGCUUAUAAUAGAGAGGUCGGUGGUGGGGUCGACAGGGAGGUAUCCUUCAAGACAAGUGAGACUGCCGCAAGCCCUGUGACAAACGUUGAGCUGGAAAGUCUACCCUUGACCGCCCAGGGAAGGCUGGAUCUGAAUGUUAGCUGGGUCCCUGGUUAUCGGAACGGGGAAACCAACUUCACGGUGGUGAUCAAGGAAAAAGAAAGUCUCACCUCAGGGAACUUUAUUGAGAAACAAAGACAAACGUUUCAAGAUACAUCUGGCGUUACUUUUGACAUUCUGGAGAACGUGCUUGGUCACUGGGUCUAUCAAGUGACCGUUGAAGCUAAAACCAACGUGGGUGUCGCUGCUGUAUCAAGUCCACAGACCAAUACAACAUUGUACAAACACCCGGGACUUGUUAGUGCUCUGACGUUGACAAAGAGUACCCAGGUGGCCUCUGAUGUUUCCCUGAGCUUUGGAUGUCCCGAGGAAAGAGAAAGAAAUGGCUUCAUCACAGGCUUUUACAUUUCAAAGUCGGGCGGCGCUAGGGACCCAGUUGUUCAGUUUGUUACAGCGACUUCCUGCGACAGUGUGUUCCGGCCAUCUGUACAAGUGGUUGUUGGGGACAGUCCGACGGAUUACACGUUCAAGGUGAUGGCUUCAAAUGGACAGUAUAACAGCAGCUAUGUGACGUCAGAAAUUGUUAUACGCCCUCUACUCCCGAAAGUGAGUGAAUACACGGCUACAGAUUUCACGGCGGAGUCGUCUGGCAGCAAGAAUACCCUGUCGUCUUUCCCAGUGACUGUGUGUUUAUCUUGUCUCAAAGAUCUGAGCAACAGACAGGGAAUUUUAACGGAAGUUGUUCUUGCCGUCUGUAAGAAUAAGUGUGGAGGCUCUGGGGCAGGCCGUAGAAAGCGGGCAGUGGAUGUGGACAGUUUGAAGACAUGGGCCGAGGCUAAGAAGGAAGGAUUUACUGGCAUGUGCCGAGCAACUCCGCGGGGCUGGCACCAGGAUCUGUUAAGACGGCCAGAGAGACAAUAUGUAUUCACAGUUGGGGAGAAUAACUCAUGCUCUGAUACCGGCACUGACUUCUGCAAUGGCCCACUUCCUUCUAGAGAAGACUUUCAAGUCCUCCUUAUCGUGUGCAACGGCGCUGGCUGUGUGGAUUACUUAAACGAUGAUUCUGUCUUUGGAACAACACCUAAUGUUGACAGUGACGAUGGCAAUGUUGUUGUUAUUGUCUUAGCUGUCAUCUGCUCUCUUGUGGCUGUUGGGAUAAUUUUGGCCGUCAUUUUCUUUGUUUGCCGACGAAGAAGGCAGAAGCGUCACAAGGAAACAGGCCCUGUACAUCCUGACACCCUUGAGGAGACAGAGAUGAUCAAAACACGAAGACCUAUCCUGAUUCGAACGUUCAGACAAACUCUGUUACAGCUCCACGGAGAUUCAGACUUGCUGUUCCGGGCUGAGUUUGAGGACCUACAGAAGCUCAGCGCUAGACUUCCCCACGGGAACAAACCGGUGGAUGAAUUGCCAAACGUAAACGUUGGAGGGAAGCUGCCUAGGGACAGUGAGACAAUGGACGUGUUUAAGGCCAACUACAUACAGGGCUACAACUCUGAGCGGGAAUACAUCGCUGCCCAGGGCCCGGUGCCUUCCACUAUGCAAGACUUCUGGAGGAUGGUGUGGGAGCACAAGUGUAAGGUUAUCGUAAUACUCUCAGACCACACCAAGUGGUGGAAGGGAAAAGGGAAAUCGUACUGGCCGAAGAAACUCAACGAAUCUGUUGAGUAUGGAGACAUUGUGGUGAAGAUGACCCAGGUCUUAAUGAUCAACAUAUACUCCAUACGUAAAUUCCAGAUCUCCAUGGGUUCAGAAAAACGCCAGUUGACCCACUUUUCCCUGCAAGAGUGGACUGAUGCCAAGGCCGACUUGACAGUAGAAGAUGUGGUAGGCUUCGUUAAAAUUGUGCGACAGGAAGCCAUACAUACGAAUUCUGGGCCAUUUGUCGUCCAUUGCAGCGCUGGUGUGGGUCACACUGGUACUUUUAUUGCCCUGGACUAUUUGAGCCAGUUCGUGGACAAGCACAGACUAGAUGAGAACAUCGACGUUUUCAGUUACGUCAUGAAGAUGAGGGAGAACUGUCCCGGUAUGGUGCAGACGGAGACUCAGUACAUUUUCAUCUUUGAUGCACUGAUGGCGGUGAUACAGAAAAAGAUAAAUGAUGACCAGGAGAGGAUCUAUGACAAUAUCGGAGAGAGUGAAGAGGACAUGAACGAAAACCUUUCCCCGGAAGAAACUUCACAUUAUUAUUCAACCAUAGCCUGA